CUGAACUGAGGCAGAGUGAAGCUUUAACUGUGUCAGUGCAGUAGCAGCAGUAGCAGCAGCAGCUCUCUGUGUGGAUCAUCAUAUGAACAAGAUGAGGAACUCGGUGCUGCUCAUUGUGCUCCUGCUGCAGCUGCCAGUCACCACCACAAAGGGAGGACACUGGGAGGACUACAAAUAUGGCCUCCAAAACUCAGAGAAGGACAAGAACCAGUUCUGCUGCUCAUGGAAAUGCCUCCUGUUCACCGUGCAAUGGCCCGGAGGCUUCUGUCAGUCUUUGAACAAAGAGACUCUGUGCAGGAUUCCUCAGAGCAUCAACACCUGGACGAUCCACGGUCUGUGGCCACUUCAGGCACAACACUGCUGCAGCUGCUGGCCGAUGUUCCACUCUGACGUCCAGGAGCUGGAGGCAGAGCUGAGCAAACACUGGCCAUCGUUAGUGACAACCAAAUCCAGCUUCCACUUCUGGAGAGACGAGUGGAGAAAACAUGGGGUGUGUGCAGCGUGUGUCGAGGGAAUGAACUCUCCUCCAAGAUACUUCCAGAUCUGCCUCAAACUACGAGCACAAUUCGAUAUCCACAAACUGCUGGAAGAUGCUGGCAUCACUCCAUCCUGUGAACGGCCUUACAAGGUUGCAGAGGUGCACAGUGUCCUGGUUCCACAUCUAAGUGACAGACUUGAGAUUCAGUGUGUGACAGACGACAAGGACAGAGAGGUGUGGUUUCAGGUGAAGAUCCCUCUGUCUCACAACCUGACUCUCGGCUGUGAUCACCAUGGUGAUGCUGAGAAUGACCUGGCGACCGGAUCCAACCGGGCAUGGAACUCCUCUCCUGGACAUCCCUGCCCUCCUCAGGUCCCUUUCUACUACUUCCCAAUAGACCACCAGCAGCCCAAGCAGCCCUGUGGCUGAGAGGACCACGGCACCUGAAAACCCUCAGUAGCAGCAGCCCCAGCAGCUUCCUACUGUCUUCAGUGGAGAACUGUACUCUGAAUGUGUAACCUAAGUUAUUACUUCACAUCUACAUCAACAAAUAAAUCAAUUCAUACAUUUACAGAAUUUGAAUGUGUUAUUUUUGUUGCC